AUGUCAUACAUAUGUAAAAGGAACACAGAGAGCAAUGGCCUAUCUCUGCUCCCCGUGGCUUCACUCUCUCUCGUCAACGGCACCAAUAGAAUCGGAAGCAGCAGCUCUCUCUCAGUCUCAAAGCGCUCUCCUUCUCUCCUUCAGACCUCUUUCCUCUCGCUCUCCUCAACCUCCCUCUCCUUCCCUUCCUCUCUCUCAGGCUUGUCUUUGGUGGUUGAUUUAAGUUCAUGUGCACCCAUAAAAGAGAAAAAUCGUGGACUCCAAGUAAGAGCAGGAAAGGCUGCUCUUUGUUUGACAAAAAGAUCAAGAUCUCGGAAAUCACUUGCUCGAACUCAUGGAUUCAGGAGAAGAAUGAGGACAACCAGUGGAAGAGCUGUGUUAAAGAGGAGACGUGCCAAGGGAACAAAGGCUCUUUGCACAAAAUCAAACCCAAAUAAUGGAAAAAGGGCAUAAUUGUAAACCCAGCUACAACUGAACCGUGGCGAUGAAAGAUAACCUGUAUAUGUUUUUUUUUUCCUGUAGUUUUCUGUUGGUUCUCAAGAUUUCCGUGUCCUUUCACGGAGCUGUUCCUUGGAAAAAGAAUACAUUUGCUCCGGCUUUGUUUUCGUGCA